CACGGUACCUCUCCGCGAACGUCAAUCUUCUCCGCCGCAUCCCACUUGACACCAUCUUUACCAGGCAAUCGUCUCGAAAUCACGACUUUCCUCAGGGCCGCCUCGAAAUAUCGCUUAAUCACUAGUCGUCGCGAUGGGCAAGAAGCGCGGACACCCCGACGUCGAGGACGUCCUCUCCCGGCCGUGGUGCUACUACUGCGAGCGUGAUUUUGAGGAUCUGAAGCUUCUCAUCUCCCACCAGAAAGCCAAACACUUCAAGUGCGACAGAUGCGGUCGUCGACUCAAUACCGCUGGAGGUCUCUCCGUCCAUUUGAACCAAGUCCACAAGGAAACCCUCACCCAGGUCGAGAAUGCGCUACCGAACCGACAAGGCCUCGAUGUGGAGAUCUUCGGCAUGGAGGGUAUUCCCCAGGAUAUCCUGGACCAGCACAGGAACCGCAUUAUCCAGAACUUCUACCAGGCCCAAGAGGACCGCAGGAUCGCCACCGGAAACCCCUUGCCUGGACAGUCGAAGCAGCCUAGAAAGAAGCUCAAGGUCGAGACCCCCGAAGAGUUGAAGGCCCGCCUUGCUGAGCACCGCGCAAGAGUGGCCGCCGGGCACCCUCCCGCUACCAGUGGUAGCCCUGCCAAUGGCGCUCCUGCAAGCGCAAGUCCGGGUGCAUUCAACAAUUCACCGUACCCCCCGCCGCAAGCGCCCUACGGUGCUUCCCCCGACCAGAACUACCCGCCUGGUGCUGCCCCUGGCGCUCCGGCCUAUCCUCAACAGGGCUAUCCGCAAGGCAACUUUGGCGGUUUCUCUGCAUCAUCUCUUCCCGCAAGACCGACGAGUGGCCCCCAAGCCAUGCCUGGCCUACCUCAAAGGCCGCCCCAACAUGGCGGCCAGUUCUGGAACGGCUCUGGCGCACCGCCGCCUGGCUUCCCCGGAGCAUCCACUGUGGAUGAGCUUGUCUCUGGCGCGGCGCAUCACGGAGACGAAAUUGAUGAGCUCAUCCGUAGAGCUGAAUCCGGUAUUAAGCCGGCCAAGAAGGCCGACGACGAAGCAGGUGAGGAGGCCGCAGGCGACAAGAAGUCCAAGAAGGACAAGAACGGCAGGAUGUUCUACGCAGACACAGAGGUCAGCCCUGAGGAGCGCAUGGCGCAAAUACCAAGAUACGCCUACGUGCCCCCAGCAUCGUAGGAAAGUAAUGACUGGCAUUGGACUAUUUGGAUGGCGGCGAAUAGGGACGUUGCGACACGGAUGCAUCCCAAUCAUGGCACGUGUUACUGCGACAGGCUUUCACCGAAUGACACGAU